UUGACAGGAAGUUAACAAAACAUCAGAGGACGGGCUAACAGGCUAACUAGCAUCUGUCCAGAAAUACGCAGCUGCUUUCUGCCGCCGGGACAAUUUUGAUUGUUUUAUUGCUUUUUAAAUUUGUUUUAUAAGGCGGUACAGCAGCUUCAGGAAGAGGAGCGGCUCUGCUACAUCAUGCUUAAGGCCUUGCUGUGCGGAGCUGCGGUGUUUCCAGGGCUUUUCUGCAGCUUCAGGACGAUACUAAAACUCAGACAGUGGAGUGAGAAGGACGCAGUGGUAAUCAGUGAGAGGCUGGUCUCCUCCAUCCAUGCUACUCUGGCUACAGCAGCUGGAAUCACAGUCGUGGCUUCCUGCAGGGACGUGAUGACUGACAGUCACUGGCUGGUCAACUGGUUUAUUUUCUUUGGAGCUCCCUACAUGGCCUACGACAUCUUUGCCAUGUAUCUGUGCCACUACCACACCCAGAGGGUCAGAGGCGUCUCCCCGGCAGGCAGCGGUCACUCCCUGCAGUCCGUCAGAGCGUUCCUCAUCAAGGACUGGAUGCUGGUCCUCCACCACGCUGCCCUGCUGGUCGUUUUCAUGCCCGUGGCUCUGUUCUUAAGAAGAGGGCUGGGGGACUUCUUCAUCGGCUGCAUGUUCACCACAGAGUUCAGCACUCCUUUCCUGUGUAUUGGACAGAUUCUCAUCCAGCUGGGCCUCGACAACACAAAGCUGCUCAAAGUCAACGGCAUCAUUCUCCUCCUGAGUUUCUUCACGUGUCGGAUCCUGCUCUUCCCCUUCAUGUACUGGAUGUACGGCCGGCAGUUUGGGAUUCCUCUGCACAGAGUUCCCUUUCAUCUGCCUCUUCAGUGCAACCUGGGCAACCUGGCGAUCCUGUCCCCUCAGAUCUACUGGUUCAUCCUGCUGCUGAGGAAAGCCAACAGACUGUACCUGAGACAGAGGAGACGGGGGGACGAAGACAAGCCCAAGACCAAAUGAAGAGCUCAGCUGUUGGCAACAAAAAACACGAAACAGACACCAAUGACAUGAUCAGGCAUUAGUGCCGCUGUUAGAUGAUGGGGGGAGAUUUUUAGAUAAGAGUUUUAAUGUUUUAGGAGUCAAGCCAUAAGUUAAGAGGAAAACAGUUUGUAUUUUGAGAAUAAAGCAAUAAUAUAUUUUCAAAUUAAAGAAAUAUCUUAGAGAAAAGCAUUAAUAUAACCAUAUUUCAUAAAGGAAAAUUAGUCUCAUCAGCCUUUUUAUUUAUUACAAUUUUUAGUAACAUUUCCCCCAAAAUAUACUUACAUUUGAAUUUUUACUUAAACUUUACUCAGAUUGUCAGAUUUUUUUUACUAAUUGCUCUAAUACAUGUUGAUCAGUGAAGUGUCAGCAGUUGAGUGUUUGUUGUGUACUGUGAUUGUGUGGAUUUAUCUGUGAUUUAUGAGUUUUAUUAGUUGCAGUGUGAAUGUUUCCUCUUAGCCGUUACGAUGACACAACUGUCUGAAAUUAUGUGUCACAGUUUGAACAAAUCUUAAGCGCAGAGACUAUUUUUGUACAAAUUAAAGUCUUGUUUUUGAUGAAUAAAGUUCUAAAAUGAA